UAGCGAAGUAAAGGACCUACUAAAGCCAUGGGAGGAAGCCACGCUUAUGGUUUCGAAGGGUCGUUCCGUGACACUCAGCGAUGUAAUCCCGAUGGUGUACGGCCUAAAGCAGGGUAUCCACAGCUUUCAGCCCAGUCACCCCGUCACUCUCAAUCUGCAGCAAAAGCUGCUCUCAGAAGUGAACACACGCUUUAGUGGCAUCGAGUACCUGCGCCCGUACGCGGCCGCGACAAUUUUGGACCCACGGUACAAGAAGUAUGUUUUCGAACAUCCUCAGGCGGUGGCAAUGAUCGUCCGGUACCUAAGUGGAAAAGUUGCUGAAAAGGUUGGUGCUGCCGGCCGCGCUCUAGAAGAGGAUCUUGCUAGGCCGAAUACGUCGCCUCCUUCUUAUGGCAUCUGGACCGCCGUUGACCAGGCACUUCGCCGUAACUGCACUGGUACAAUGGAUCAAGAGUCGGAAAGCCAAAUGCCUUCGCAAUUGAAGGCAUACUGUAACUACCCCGUCGUUGAUCGUCGUGCCAAUCCCAGGCCGCUGGAGACGUGGCACAGCAUGCGUGUGGGUUUGGAGCACGUAUUCGAAGUAGUGAUGGAGUUUUUGUCGAUCCCAGCAACAUCUGUAGCGCCAGAGCGGCUAUUCUCACACGCUGGUUGUGUGGCCGGUCAAAGAAAGUGCCGGUUGUCACCCAAACACCUGAGCCAAUUGACAUUCCUUCGCUCUGUGGAAAAGAGCAUGUGGUUCAAGAACAUUAACCAUUAAUUUUCUUCUCUCCCUAUGCAUAUUUCAAGUUUUUGCAUACUUUAGUUGGACCUCACCU